AUCUCACAUUCACGGCUACGAUCCGGCAUAGCAGAUUAAAUCACACGAUUCCCUUUUCUCCUUCCGGAUCUUUUCAUUUUUCUCCAGGGGACCAGCCAGCCCUACUUCGGCACUCGCAACAAGGGCUUUUUGCUUCCAAAUUCUCUUCCGUUUCUCUCACAGUUUUAACCUUGCCGGAUCCUCUCCUCCGUCCUCCGUCGAUCCCUUAGAAUCUUAUGAUCGGUGGCGUGAGCCGGGCGCGACCGGCUCUUCCGUGUGGGUUACGCUUCCGAUUCGCUGGGCUCGACUUGUUUCAAGUUGUCCGUCUUUUCUCGCAUUCUGUUUCCGAACUUCCCCUGUUGCUCUUCCGUUCUGUGACGUGCUGCCCACGGCAAUUGUUAGUACAUCAUGCCAUGUUGUAUCUUGAUUGAUCUCUGUUUCGUCCAAGGGGGGAGGGGGGUGCAUAAACAUUUUCUUUGGUUGAAUCCAUUACAUGAAACGAGAGGGCAUUAACUUGCCGUGGAUCCA